AUGGAAAUUUGCGGACAGCUGACAUACCAAGGAGGGGCAGGGGUGAGUGGGUGGGCGGGGAGGAGCGGGGGGAAGGGGGAAAGGGGGGGGUGGGGGGUGGGGUGGGUGGCGCUUCAGUGGCGGAAGCUGGCGCGGGUGGGGCGGAAGGCGCGGGACCAGGCGCAGGAGGCGCGCUGGGCGCAGGCGGAGACGGGCCAGCGGAAGGGGGCGCGCCCAUGGGCGCGUACUGCUGCUGGGGCGGCAUCCCCGGAUGCUGCUGCGGCGGCUGCUGCGGCGGCUGCUGCUGCGGCUGCUGCUGCUGCAUGUGGGGGGGAUAACCCUGCGGAGGCCCCCCAGGGGGAGGAGGAGGUCCACCCAUGGGCCCUUGCGCGCCUGGCGGAUAAUACCCCUGCCAAUGCGGGGGGUAAUAGUUCGGGGGAGGGGGUCCGGGCGGCGGACCAUAUCCCCCUCCGCCAUGGGGCGGCGGGGGACCCCCCAUCAUCCCCCCCUGCGGGGGAGGCGGAGCCCCCCACAUGCCCGAAGGGGGCGGAGGUGGGUAAUGCGGGUGCUGCGGACCUAGGCCAUAGGCGUUCGGGGGGGGAGGUCCGGGGUAAGGCGGGGGUUGCUGGUAUUGGGGCGGCGGAGGCUGCUGCGGUUGGGGGGGUGGAGAGGCUUGGGGUGGCGCGGGCGGCGGGGGUUGCGCAGGGGGGGCCUGUGGCGGGGGAAGCGUAA